AUGUCAAGCCCAGAGUCCAAGUCCCGCAAUUCCUCCUUCAGCAAGGAGCAGCCUGCUCCACCUGCGACGUUGUACCAGCAAGAUCUCAGCACGUGGAAGACGACGACUAUUACCGUCCAGAGCAUCGAUGCUGGCCUUUUGAAUGGGAAAAGAGCAUGGCUGGUCUGCCUCACAUUGCAGUUCUCUUGUCCGCACAACGAUCGCUUCAAGAAGGCCAACAUCAUGUUGCAGUUUGAGCCGAGUGAAGCAGGCCUUGCAAGCACAGCUGUGGUGAAGCGCUGGGCGCCGCAGUUUCUCACAGGGAGACGAACAACAUCCUCAGUCGAGUGGGCAUUUGAAGGAUCGCUUACAGCGGGCGUCGACAUUCCUGGCAGCACCAUCAACGCGAAUACUUCACUGAGCCGCAAAGAGUCCGUCGUGAAAGAACAUUCCUGUAGUAUCCUCAGCGAUACGUGGAAGUUGCCCCAGCUUGCUGAACCCAACGCAGUACGCUUCUAUAUCCACGAGAACGAGCAGUCCAGAGGUGGGAUCCCGAACCGGCUCAAUGCGGUUCUGGUCAUUCAGUCCGAUGUGGCAUGCCGUGGGAGAGCCACUGUCGAGACGAACGGGAUCAAGGCCAUGUAUGUGCGAGGGCACCAUAAUCCGAUUGAGUUGCAGGUCAAUGUCUCAUACCAGCCGAGGUUUCCGGAGGGUGUCAAGGACUUCUCGACGUUGAGUACGAUUGAGUGGCAGAUGUUAGCAACACCGACGUUGCAGAUGAGUGACAAUAUCGUUGGGUCUGAUCGUUGA